AUGAAUCCGAAGGACGCUGAAGAGAAAGCAGUUGUACAUCUGAUUUGGCGGAGGCCGCGGCGACCGAAUGGUAAACUUCUCAAAUAUGUGGUUGAAUAUUGUCGCACGGAGAACGGCCGAGUUGUUGAAAAAGACUGUCCCAGGCUUGAUGUGGAUGCUGAUCGAACGCAGAUUCGCUUAUCGGGCUUGGAAUACGAAACACCGUAUCGGUUCAUCGUCCGAGCUCAAACUAGCGCCGGAGAAGGCGAUCCGAACAGUAGCGAUGCUUCUACCCUUCCUGAGACAGUCGCCGCCGAUUGUGAGUAA